AUGGGUUUGCCAACCGCCGUCAAGGUCCUUGUGGCCGUUUUUCUUGCGUCCACCUAUAAGACGUUACCGUUGGUUUACGUUAUUCGCUUCUACUCUGCUGCCUUGAAGAGCAUCAUUUUCAAGAGAUCGCAAUACAGAAAGACUAGACAGAAUACCUAUGGAAUUACUGGUAAAAAUCCUAUGGAUGUAUUUAGAGCUGUAACUUACAGCACUUACUGCUCACCAUUGGAACUUGAUAUGUUCAUGCACAAGUCGAACUCAACCUACUUUAUCGAUUUGGACAUUGCCAGAACCAAAUUCCUCUGUCAGAUGUUCCAGAAGUUGUUCUUAGACUUUUAUGACAAUGCAACUGGUGACUUCAAGGGAAAGAGUAUCAACAACUUCCCUUACAUUCCUGUUGCUCAAGUGCAAUGCACCUUCAAGAAGGAGAUUAAGGUAUUCCAGAAGUUCAACAUUCUCUCGAACAUUUUGGCUUGGGACGACAAAUGGAUUUACGUGUUGUCGAAGAUGGUCCACACCGAUGGCAAGCUUGCCGCUUUGUCCAUUACGAAGUACGUUUUCAAAAAGCACGGUCGCGUGUCCAUGAAACCCAGGGAAUUUCUCACUCACUGUGGCUUGUACAACGAAGCUGUUGAGAAGAUCAAUUCUGAAAACUUCAAACUUGUCGAGCACAUGAAUAAAACAGCCGACGGCUUGGAGCAACUUGCCGAGAAGAUGGAAGCUAAUUCUUCUUUGAGAGACCAUCACAUAUAA